GAAAGGAGAAGUGAGGCGUGAGCAUAGGGCGAAGUGAGACUAGAGAAGCGAGGGGACAAGGGAGCUGAGGUGAACAGAGAAGCCACAGCUCUCUGCUCCCCCAACUUCCUUUUCUCCCUGAAGACGCUGGAAGGCUGAAUCAAGACAGCUGUGAAGACCUGACAGCAGCAGCUGCCACAGGUGCUGGGGAUUGAACCAGAGCCUUGGACUCACUCAGCAAGGUUCGUCAACAUGGAGAGAAACUUGGGAAAGGAUGUGGGAAGACCCCUAUUUGUAUAGUUAGUGACAGGAUGGGUCAGGAUUAUGCCUUGCUCACUUUUAGCAGUACCUCACCCCCACCCACUGAGGCUGGGGAACCCCCAGGGAGACUCUCAGGCUGAGUAGCUAUACUCAGUGGGCCAAACUUCCUGGAGUCAGGGACUCUUGGCUUUAGCGAUCUUCAAGCAAAGACAGAGUCUUUGGUCUCAGCCUGGGUUUCCUUACCUGAAUACAGGAGUUGGAGAAGCAGCGAAGAAGCUGAUGAUCCUGGGUUAGAGAUGUAGUUUGGUUGGCAGAGUGCUUGCCUGGCUUACAUGGGGCCUGUGUUUAAUCCUCAGUACUGUUGGGUACUGUGAUGAGCUAUGUCAUCUCUCUCAGCUACAUAGCACGUUUGAGGCCAGCCUGGGCUACAGAAGAUCCUAUCUCAACAACAGCAACAACAACAAAGAAGAAAGAAGGAGAAGGAGGAGGAGGAAAAGGAGAAGAAGAAAAGAAGAAAGCCGGGGGCUGGGGUGGGGGUAUUUACAGAAAUAUCUAGAAGGCAGAGGUACUGACCGUGGUCUCCCCUUUCCAAGGCCAAGAGUAUCCCAGCAGAGGAUAUGGAUGUGUCCCUUUUCGUCUGCCUGUGUCUUCUGGCUGCUCAAAGUAUCCCAGUAGAAACAAUAUCAGAGCUACUGACCUUGAUGAAGCACCUGGAGCGGCCCAGAGGCCGGACCUCGUCUUCCAGAGUGAAUCCCAGGUAUAUCCAUCGGCUGGAGCAGAUGCUGCUCAACGCCAGUUUCUGCGGGCACAACCUGACGCUGCAGACAGACGCCAUCCAGUCUCUGGUCUUCAAGCUGGGUUGCAGCUUUCCUGGCCUCUCCCUGUCCAGUGCCACCCUGCCAAGUGUCCCCCAGGCCUGGGCCCCACAUGGCAUGCAAUUUCCUGCCGAGCUGACCAAGAAAGCCUGUGUGGCCUCCCAGCCUGCCAGCCUCCGACUCAUCUGCGUCUACUUCUUCACGGCACAGCUCUUCCAGGAUGACAGUAACUCAUCCCUGCUCAAUAACUACGUCCUGGGGGCCCAGCUGGAUAACAGGACUGUGAAAAACCUUCAGAAUCCCGUCAACAUCAGCUUCUGGCACAACCGAAGUCUGGAAGGGUACACUGUGACCUGUGUUUUCUGGAAGGAGGGAGCUAGCCAGCACAGCUGGGGGGCCUGGAGCCCCGAGGGCUGCUAUACAGAGCAGCCUUCACCCUCUCAGGUCCUCUGUCGCUGCAACCACCUCACCUACUUCGCAGUUCUCAUGCUCUCUGGAGACCCAGUGCCCGCUGAGCUACGGGUGCCUCUUGAGUACAUCUCCUUGGUGGGUUGCAGCAUCUCUGUCAUGGCCGCGCUGCUCACCAUACUACUGUACGCCCACUCCAGGGCAUGUUCCAUCCACAGGAAGCAAAGUGAGUCUGUCACACGCAUCCACAUGAACCUGCAUGGCUCUGUUCUGCUCCUGAACGUCACCUUCCUUCUGAGCUCCCAGAUGGCCCUGCCUACAGUGCCCAGGUCAGUGUGCACGGUGCUGGCCGCCACCCUCCACUACGCGCUGCUCAGCUGCCUUACCUGGAUGGCCAUCGAAGGCUUCAACCUCUACCUUCUGCUGGGGCGUGUCUACAAUGUCUACAUCCACCGAUACUUGCUCAAGCUCUGCGUGCUGGGCUGGGGCUUUCCAGCUCUCUUGGUGCUGCUGCUUCUGGUGAUCAAGAGCUCAGUGUAUGGGCCCCACGUGAUCUCUUUCUCCAAAAGCCAGGAAAAUGGCACAAGCUUCCAGAAUGUAUCCAUGUGCUGGGUGCGCAGUCCCAUGGUACACAGGGUCCUGGUUAUGGGCUACGGUGGUCUCACAUCUCUGUUUAACCUGCUGGUGCUGGCCUGGGCUCUGAGGAUUUUGUGCAGGUUACGGGCACCGGAUAAGGCGCUGAGCUCCUGGGCCUACCGGGACACCUUCAUGGUGCUGGGCCUCACGGUGCUCCUGGGCACCACUUGGGCCCUGGCCUUCUUCUCCUUUGGUGUCUUCCUGCUGCCGCAGAUCUUCCUUUUCACCAUCUUCAACUCGCUCUAUGGUUUCUUCCUCUUCCUGUGGUUCUGUUCGCAAAGGCGUCACUCUGACACUGAAGCCAAGGCAGAGAUGGAGGCAAUCAGCUCCUCCCAGAUGACACAUUAACCCAGCUCCCGGCCUGCAGCCUUAGCCUCUCCUGCUUCCAGCAGCCCACAGCCUUGGCUCAUCGUGGGAUGGUGGUGGGCAGGUUGUGGAACACCAGAGUCCACUGUACCCUCAAGGGAUCCCUUUCACCUCCCAGAAUUACCUAAGGCAGAAGGCAGCACGUCCUGGUCCUUCAUGCCUGGGUGCAACUCCAUUGCCCAGGCUAUGGUCUGCGAGCCGGGAGGUUACGCCAGACUGGAUCACACCUUGCACCCUGCUCAGCACUUCCAGAAACAGCAUUGUGGCCUGUUUCUGGGGCCAUUCUUCCUUUUGCCAGUCGCAACUGAUGAUGACUGCAAGUUUCCAUCUUUCCAAAGGUCAAGAAAUCCAGCCCUUCCCCCUCCUUAACCCACACAGGCUUUGUAGAACAGCAGCCAAGACAAGGCCUCUGUGUCUUUCUCUAAAGCAGAGCCCGCUGGGCUUGAGGGAUAUAGCUGUUAGCCUACUGUGUAGGACCAGAUUCUCCUGGUGGGCAUGAGGGUGUGUGUGUUCAAAAUCUACAAACUCUGCCCACAAUGGGAGAGCAUCUGUGCUGCCAGUCAGACCAGGUGGGAGACAGUGCUUUCCCCAGGAUGGACAGUAGGGGGCGCUGUUGGCUUGUGUGCCAAGGCAUUCCUGGAAAUCCAGCGGUUACCUACCUGUCUGAGGACCUAUCAACCAGUAGGAGAGUCUGGGACCUACAACACCAUUGGCUUUCACACAUCCAUUGUCUCUUUCUCUGUGCAGUCGAACAAGGUCAUGUUUGGGGGUUUGGGCCCAGGUGUUUCUGGCACCUGAACAGCUGCUUGGGGUAGACAUCAAGACAUACCAUGUUCUUGAACCACAGAAAGGGAAUCAGAACAGGAUGCUAUCCUCCUGGACAUUUCUGGGUAAUCAUGUCUCCUUCCUCCCAGGAGGUCCUCUGUGUGUUUCUGGGUAAUCAUGUACUUAGCCCUUCACUGGCUCUGGAGUGUACAGGCUCUGGGCCAGGCUGCCUGGGAUCAGAUGCCAGGUCUGUGACUGUGAGCAAGUUGUUCAGCCUCUUUGUGCCUUAGUUUCCUCACCUACAGCAGGGACAACAGUAGUAACUGUUUGGAAGAGUCAGUAAAAGAAAAUCCACUUAAGUCUUACUACAUGAGGCCUCAAUAAGUGGUCACUGCUAUUACUAGAUUUAUAUUAUCAUUUUUAUUCUAAUUAUUUCUCUUUGUGUGUGGUGUAUGUGCACACACGUAUACAGGUGCAACAUCCUUGCACAUAUGUCCUGGAACCAGAGAGGGAUAUUGGGUGCCCUGUUCUCUGACUCUCUGCCUUAUUCCCUUGAGACAGGGUUUCUCAGUGAUCACGGAGCCAGGCUGACUGCCAGCAACCCCCAGCAAUCCUCUACUUUCACCCAACACCCCCGCCCCCCCACACCAGCAUUGGGGUUCCAGGCUCAUGUGACAUACUUGACUUUUUACAUAGGCGCUGGGAUCUGAACUCAGGAUCUCAUGCAUGUGCACAAAUGCUCCUAUGUCCUAAACCAUCUCUUCAAAGCCCCUGUUAUUGUUAACAGCUUCAACUGAGGGAAGCUGUUUAGGUUCCAGGCCUGGCGCUGUUGGACCCACAGCUCCUCCUUAGGCAUAUCCUUCCAUCUUGUGGCUUCCUCCUCCACUUUUCUUGAAGAAGGACCUUGCUCACACCCUCUGGCUCCUAUUGUACCAAUGACGUUCCCUACACUCUACGACUCCAAGCUGGCCAUGUCUCCACCCAAGUUUCUGAGUCCUCCACUGUUCCAUUUAUCACAUCUUUCAUGAAACCUCCCCAUUUGCACCACAGGGAAGUCCUCUUUCCCACUCUGGCUCCAGGCUGGAUCCUCCACCAGACCCCCCAUGGUUAGUCCAGCAUGGAGAUCCUUGGGUUUGGUCUCCACGUACAUGAGGAAUCUUUGGACAACUGAAUGGGUGGGAGAGGUGACCCAGGUGAAAUGGAGGCCUUGCUUGAGCCAAGGACCUGGCCUCUCAGAACCAGUAAAUCCAGAGCCAGAAGGAGGACAUGGUUGCAAUGUCAGCCCUAGCCUGUGGCUCUGCACCCCACUAAGGUCCAGGCUCUGGGGUAGCACUUCAUGUAACUACGCCAGUGGAGGUGGGAAGUUGGGUCAGCCAGAGGAGUUAUGGGCCACCAGGUCUGCUCUAGCUGUCCUUAGUGUUCCCAGCAGACACAGCCUAGGUGGUGGACCAACUUCUGAGCUUCCAGAUGGGCAGGAAGGCAGUAGGGUCUGGGAUGGAGUUUGGGGAUGCUACUCAGAGAAAGACUCUGAGGAAGGGCUGACAGUGGGCGUGGGCUCAGGAAGGCCCAGGGCUAUUGGGCACCGUUAUUUCAUCAGGCAUGAGCAUGGGUGAACGGUGGCUGCUGAAGAGAAAAUUCCAGAUAAUGCAAAGGAAUUUUACUUUUGAAGACACGCUCACACUAAGAAGUUAACUCGUCUAUCUGAAAUUCAAAUUCCGCCUCAUGUCCCAUAUAUCUAUUUUUAUUUUUGCUAAAUCCAACCUUAAUUAAAAAGUAUUGGCUCAGGAGUC